CCGCGGCUUCCCACUGCGGCAGAGGCUCCGGGCCGCGGCAGGCAUGGCAGGCGCCCCGGGGCCCGCUCCACCCGCGGAGGGCGGCGGGGAGGCGCGGCCAGCCUGGGACAACAAGCUCCAGUACCUGCUGAGCUGUGUGGGCUUCGCCGUGGGCCUGGGCAACCUCUGGCGAUUCCCGUAUCUGUGCCAGACGUACGGGGGAGGCGCCUUCCUCAUCCCCUAUGUCAUCGCCCUGGCCUUCGAGGGCAUCCCGCUGUUCCACAUCGAGCUCGCCAUCGGCCAGCGCCUGCGCAGGGGCAGCAUCGGGGUGUGGACGGCCAUCUCGCCCUACCUGGGCGGCGUGGGGCUGGGCUGCUUCACCGUGUCCUUCCUGGUCAGCCUGUACUACAACACGGUCCUGACCUGGGUGCUCUGGUACCUCCUCAACUCCUUCCAGCACCCGCUGCCCUGGAGUGCCUGCCCGCCCGACCUCAACCGCACAGGGCUCGUGCAGGAGUGCCGGGACAGCAGCCCCGUGAGCUACUUCUGGUACCGGUGGACCCUGAACGUCUCGGCCGACAUCAGCGACAGUGGCCCGGUCCAGUGGCGGCUGCUACUCUGCCUGGCGGCCUCCUGGGCCGUCGUGUACCUGUGCGUCAUCAGGGGCAUCGAGACCACCGGCAAGGCAAUUUAUUUCACGGCCCUGUUCCCUUACCUGGUCCUCACCAUCUUCCUGGUCAGAGGGCUCACGCUGCCCGGGGCAAUGGAAGGACUGACCUACCUCUUCACCCCUGACAUGCAGGUCCUGCAGAAUCCCCGGGUGUGGCUGGAUGCGGCCACCCAGAUAUUCUUCUCCCUGUCCCUGGCCUUUGGAGGACACAUCGCUUUCGCCAGCUACAACCAGCCCAGAAACAACUGCAGGAGGGACGCGGUGAGCGUGGCGCUGGUGAACAGCAUGACGUCCCUCUAUGCGUCCAUCGCCGUCUUCUCUGUCUUGGGGUUCAAGGCGGCCAGCGACCACGGGCAGUGCCUGGACCGAAACAUCCUCCACCUCAUCAACGCCUUCGACCUGCCCGAGCAGAGCAUUUCCAGGGAUGACUACGCGGCGGCCCUGGCGCGUCUGAACGCCUCGCAGCCGGCGCGAGUGGCCAGGCUCCCCCUGGAGGCCUGCCGCCUGGAGGACUUCCUGGACAAGAGCGCCUCGGGCACGGGCCUGGCCUUCAUCGUCUUCACGGAGGCCGUGCUCCACAUGCCUGGCGCGCCGGUCUGGGCCGUGCUCUUCUUCGGGAUGCUCUACAGCCUGGGCCUGUCGUCCAUGUUCGGGAACAUGGAAAGCAUGACCACGCCGCUCCUGGACCUGGGGGUCAUGCCCAGGAGGGUCCCCAAGGAGGCGCUGACAGGCCUGGUCUGCCUGCUCUGCUUCCUCACGUCCUCCUGCUUCACGCUGCGGUCGGGGAGCUACUGGCUGGAGAUCUUCGACCAGUACGCCGCGGCCCUGAACCUGAUCCUCCUGGCUUUCUUCGAGGUGGUCGGGGUCGUUUACGUUUAUGGGAUGAAGCGGCUCUGUGAUGACAUAGCCUGGAUGACCGGGAGGCGGCCUGGCUUCUACUGGCGGGCGACCUGGAAGGUCGUGAGCCCCCUGCUGCUGCUGACCAUCUUCGUGGCCUAUGUUGCCCUCCUGGCCAGCUCGCCGCCAGGCUACAAGGCCUGGAACCCCCAAUACGAGUGGUUCCCCUCGCGGCAGGAGAAGCCCUACCCCGGCUGGGUGCUGGCCGCCUGUGCACUCCUGUCCUUCCUGCCCACCCUGUGGGUCCCGAUGGUGGCGCUGGGCCAGCUGCUCGCCUGGUGCAGAGAGAAGACGCGGAACCCGCCGCAGGACGGACGCCCGAAGCCGCGGGGCAGCAGGGCCUGCUGAGCACGGGGCCGGGGUGGCGGGGAGGCCUGCCUGUGCCGCAGCCGGGGCAGCUCCAAUACACGUGCGCUCAGCCCUGA